UUGUCACUGUGUCGUUCGGUUUUGUUGUGAUGUUUCCACCAGGGAGCCAAGGAGCGGGUUUGUUUACGAAUGAUAUCACAUAAUUCCACUCGCCGCACAGAAUGCUGCUGAGCCGGGUACGCCCAAGGCGUUCGAUCUUCCGCAGCAUCACCAACGCCAGCGCCCAGCGACACUUUGCCAACGUUUCCCGCCUCAAGGUGCUGUUCUUCGGCACGGACCACUUCUCACUGCCAAGUCUGAAAAGCAUUCACACCAAUCUAGUAAACAAUGGGCGAGUGGAGCGGCUCGAGGUGGUGACGUCGUUCAAGGCGGCGAAGAACCCGGUGAAGCAGUACAGCCGAACCGCCGGCCUGCCGCUGCACGAUUGGCCCGCCUGUACGCCUGCCACUGCCGGCAGGUUCGAUCUCGGCGUGGUCGUUUCGUUCGGCCACCUCAUACCGGAGACGUUCAUCGAUUGCUUCGAUCGGGGAAUGCUUAAUGUGCACGCUAGCCUACUGCCCAAGCUGCGCGGUGCGGCCCCGAUCGUGCACGCCAUCGCGAACGGCGAGCAGCGGACCGGCAUCAGCAUCAUGCGCAUCAAGCCGAAACAGUUCGACGUCGGGGAAAUACUGCUCCAGUCGGCGGUCAGCAUCGAGCGCGACACGCUAAUGCCCGAGCUGCACGACCGGCUGGCCGCGAUCGGUGCCGACUGCUUGGUCACCUGCAUCGAGGACCUGGAGGGCUACUACCAGCGGCUAACCGUGCAGAACGAUGCGGAGGCAACGUACGCGCCGAAAAUCGAUCCAAAGUUUGCGGAAAUCCGAUGGCCCCAGGCAACGGCUGUGAGCGUGUACGAUCGGUACCGCGCCCUGUACGGGCUGCGCCCACUGCUCACCAGCUUUGGGGGGGAGCUAGUGAAGCUGUUUAAACUGUCCUUCGACAGCACGCAGCCGGUACCGGCAGUGCCGGCAGACCGGCCCGGCCAGCUCGAAUACUCCAAGCGCAGCAGGCAGCUGCUGGUUCGGUGUGGUGACGGUCGAGCGCUAGAACUGUUGCAGCUAUCCGUCGGCGGAAAGAAGACACUGUCGGGGCAAGAUUUUUACAACGGCUUCCUGAGCAAGAUGAACCGAUCGGACCGGUACUUUAAGUGACAGCGCGAUUUAAGAGAUAGUUAAAAACAGGCAGUACGAAUAGGAAAUUUUAUUUAAUGUGA